AUGCCUAAAGCUUCUAAGAAUUCACGUAAACAACCGACUACUCAUACUAUACCUAAACAAACAACAAAACCGGACAAAAAAUCGACCAAAGAACCAAAAAGACCACGAAGUGCUUUUUUGUAUUUCUGCAGUGAAAAAAGAGAGGAGGUUAAGAAACAGCACCCAUCGAUGAAACUUGGUGAUACUCAAAGAGUUCUUGGUGAGAUGUGGAGAAAUCUAUCUGAAGCCGAAAAGACCCCUUAUAACAAAUUGGCUGUUACUGACAAGAAACGAUACGAGGAUGAAAAGGCAGAUAAGGCAAAGCAUUAA